AUGAUCAAUCUACAACGGGAGUUCCGCAUCCGCAACAGCCUCCUGGACCUCCCCCACCGUCAGGUCACUACGUGUCGCAAGGACAGGUGCCGCAACAGCCUCCUCAUCAACAGCAGCCACAGUAUGCAUACGGACAGCAACCAGCAUAUGGACAAAAUGCACCGCAGCCCGGGCAAGUCUCGCACCAGCCAACGUACUCAUCGCCUUAUGGUCCCAAUGCGCAAGCUCAACAGUUACAGCACCCUGGCCAGUAUUCGCAGCCCAACCAGCCUCCGCCUCCGCCUCCGCAAAUGGCUGUCGAAUAUGUCGAAGCCUCAGAACGAGUGGGAAAUCCGUCCAGCACAAACCGGCACGCCGGAACCACAUCGCUUUGGGGCAUCCAAUGUCUCUAAGCCAGUGAAUCAGACCGUUUCUCCCAAGCCACCACCUCCCAAGCUUCCUACACCACCUCCUCCCCGGGAUGACAAGUCGAAGUUCAGCGCCCUUGGUUCUGGCGGCCCUUCGGAUUGGGAACACUUUGGUGCCGAUGCUGAGAUUGACGAUGAGGAGAUCUUUGCGAAAAAGCCUCGUCCUGCUGAGUUGGACAGCUCGGAAGUAAUCGCCAAUGAGCCAGAACCACGCUCUGGACCGUCUCCUCCUUCGACGUGGAUGAUGGAGCUUGGCAACCACCAAAGCAGGGUACACCAGCUCAGCAGCAGGUACAUCAUCAACCACCACCAGCUCAACAGAGCUUCGUGGUGGACGAUGGAGGAUGGGGUGCACAGUCUUCGACCUCUCGAUCACGACAACAGACUCCAACAUGCUGCGGAGCUAAGAACCAAAGACGAGGCCUUGGAGCGUCUACGAAGAGAUACAGAGAACGAAAAGGUCAACUUGAACAAUGAGAUAACAAAGCUGAAAACUGUAAUUGAUACUACAAAAGCUCAAACUUCCGAAGCUGCAGAAGCUUUACAGAAGCAGGUUGCGGAUAUGAAGCUAGACGUAAACCAAGCAAAGUCUCUCACUGACGCCGCGGCCAAAGAGAAAGAGCUAACCAUUGAACGCAUGAAGGAGGACGUCGAGGGCAAGGAACACAACAUUGAAGAACGCGAUACCAUCAUUGCAGAUCUUAGGCGCCAACUUGAAGCUGAGAAGUCGAAAGAGCCAAUCAAGAUCACUCCUACUGUGGCUGACCUCAUUCCGGACCUCGAUCCUUGGUACGCUGGCUCACUGGAGAGGUACAUUACGAUGCUUCGUGCUGAGGCAGGCGAGCCGCAAUUGGAAAACAAGAUCAAGACGUUCAGAACAUUCAUGAAAGCUGAAUCAGGCAUCAGGGGUAUCGAGUUUUAUGAUGCUCCACCACCAGUAUCGACAACGGAAGCCAUUUUGCCAGUACCGGAUUCUAAAGCUUCGAACGUGUCCAAGCCUGUCCUGAGCAGGGAUGAUAUGACUGUGCAAGUAGCAGAGCCGCAACGAGAGUCGCCAGAUGAUGAAGAAUUUCAGUUCAGUCCCGGUGGUCGACCUGCAUUGAAUCCUCACGUCCCAAAGCCACCGAUUGAGGAACCACCCGCACGCUAUGCUUCAAAUGUGUCUAAGCCUGCUCUGACCAGAGAUGAUCUGAAUGUGCAGGUACCAACAGCACCGCAUGUACCAUCGGAUGAAGACGACUAUGAUUACAGUCCUGGAGGUCGACCUGUGCUGAAAUCUUCUGGCACAAAAUCCUUUGAGACAAGACCCAUCACCGUGCGCACAGGUACCGGCAAACAUCAUGAUGAGAUAUUCUUUGGUGCUUCUGGAGAGGACGCGUCGCGAGGGUCAAGCAGGCCUGCAAGCAGCGAUAGUGCUACGCCUGAUGUCCCAAUCCCGGCACCUCUGGCUUUCGGCUCCAACCGACCUUUGUCCACUGCACCGCCGUCCAGGAAAGAUCCUUUGGAAGCGCUCGCUGAUUUGCUACCUACUGAAAUUGCACCUGCCACGCCAAAUGCAUUGAUCGAAGAACUCAGGGCUAAGCUCUCGCACGUGAAACAAGACACAGCUGACAUCGAAGAUCUCACCAAGAAAUGGGAUGUGACGGCAACCGUCACGCGGAAGAAGAACGACGUCGCCCGCCGCAAGCGUGAAGAAGAACAGGAAGAAGACAAUAGCGAUGCCUUCAACAAUGAAGAAAUCUCAUACGCGGACCUCAACAUCAUCGAACAGGAAUUCAAGCAGAAAGAAAACGACCUCAAAGCGCAAGAAGACCGCGCCGAAUAUGCAUCCUAUGUCGAAGCCGUCUUCGAUCCUGUCUACGAGGCUCUGCAAUCCGACAUCAAGAGCCUGAUGGAUCUCUACGUCGAGGCAGAGAACCUGGCACAUACCUCACAAUCCGGCGUCGCAGCCCUCGAACCAGAUUCACUCAACACCCUCGCAACCCUCGAACUGCUUCAAGAAAUCCACACUGCGAUCCUCGACCUCCAAGACAAAGUCGUCCACACCGUUGCCGAGCGCGAUAAACGCUACAAGAAAACUGAAAUCUCGCCGCUCUACGCCCGCGGUGACAUCGCCAAGAUGAAGGCGGUCGAAAAGCACUUCGACGCCGCAGAAAAGACGGCGCACGUCCGCGCGCUGCGUGACAAGGCAGGGCGCGUGGGCGAGCUGGUAGCUGCGUUUGAAGACAUAGUCGUCAGCGCUGUGGGCGUCGAACAGCGCGAAAUCGAACGCAUCAUCUCGGCUUUGCGAAACCUCGACGACGGAUCCGCAGACCUGAGCAAGACCACUGAGACACUAUCCCGCCUGAAAGCCAGCUCCAAGGCCACGCUCAAGCUCUUCAACGAUUUGGAGAUUCGGCACAAUGCGGCGGUGCUGGAUGCGGAGAUUGCGCAGGCGCGAAUGGAGGGCGGGGAUGUAGCGAAAUUGGAGGAGGAGAAGAGGAAGGGCGAAAGCAAGUUUCUGGAGGAGUUUGAGAGGAGGGUAAGGGUCAUUGAGCAGGAUAGGGAGGAGGUGGAGGGACUGGUGGAGAGGAAGGGGAGUGAGGAUGCGCAGAGGGAGAGGAGGUUGAAGGCGGCGUUGGAGGAGGCGAAGAGGAGGAAUGGGGAUGUUUGA